UCGGAUGUCGUUGGUUGACCCUAGAGAAGGUACAGAGGUAGCAGUGCAUUUGCAUUGUGGCCAUUGUGCAGUGCAUCCAAUCGACCCUUCGAUCGAAGAUCCUUCAUUUUGCGGUGUUCCUUGUGUAGGUCAACACGUGCAUGUUUUCUCUCCGAUGAAAUUUCAAUUCAUCCUAAGAGAAAAUGGCUAGCCUCAGUGAAAUGUCGCGUAUGUGCCGACUUUGUCUACUCAGAGAUAAUAAAAAAGUGAAAAUUCCAAUUUUUGACGAUUGUGAUAUUAAGCUAUUUGUUAAAAUAAGUGCCUUGUUACCCAUUAAGAUAUCCAAAGAGGAUCAGCUGCCAAAAAAAAUCUGUGAUGGAUGCUUGAACAAGCUUGAUGUGCUAUUCGAGUUUCGGAGAAUCUCUGAAGACUCAGAAAAAACCCUUUUGACUUGGCUCGCUCAGGUGGGCAUCAAAGAUGAUGACCCAACUAUUAGCUUGUUAGCGGAGCAACCUGCCGAACCUGUAGAGACUUCAAUCAAAGAAGAAAUUGAGGAAAAAAUUAUUGAUCUCGAUCUUGCUCAAGACCCUUCCAAUGAUGAGGAGGCUGAAGACGAAACAGAUGAGGAGCCGGCUGCGAAAAGGCCGCGCCGUUCUGCUGCCAUAAAAGCACAGAUGAGUAUUGCUCCUGAAUCUGAUGAUGACGAUAAUGGAGAUGAACCUGAUACGGUGGAUGUUGCAUCCAUCGCCAAAGAAGAAAAUGAAAAUGAGGAGAGUGACUACAAAGAAGAUAAUGUGAAAUUAGAGAAUGAGAGUGAUCAGAGCGAUGAAGACCUUUCAGUACCUGGAACUAGUGCCUACAACCAACCUGGACCCUCAGGCCUUGGCAAGAGCGAAGCUGAAGAACCGACUAAAAUGAAUCCCUCUGAUGAUAUUGUUUUGUCUUUGCUGGAAACUUCCUUCACUCAACGAUCAGAAUUAGAGAAACGUCAAAUCUUGGAGAGUCGACCAACACCAAAAAUCACGGCAGUUUUUAGCGAAAAGAGAGUGGGUCGAGAAAGUUCCAGAUCAUUCCAAACAUCAUGGUAUGAUAGUUACAAAUGGCUUUGCGGGAGUUCAUAUAAACAAAGUUUGUAUUGCUGGCCGUGUAUUUUAUUGGGUAAAGCGAAAAACUCAUGGUGCUCCAAAGAUGGUUUUAAGGACUUGAAAAAUUUUUCUCGUAGUACCAAAAUGCACGAGGCUUCUAAAGAGCACAUAAAAAACUUUAUGGCUGUAGUUCGGUUAGAACAAAAUAGGGCGACCAUUCAGGAUGCGUUGAGGGAAAAUGCCCGUUUAAACUUAAUUUUAUUUAACGAAAAUGUCCGGAAAAAUAGAUUAUUAGUUAGCUAUUUAAUAGAUGUCACACUUACGUUGGGGAAACAAGAACUGCCUUUUCGAGGACAUGAUCAAAGUUUAGAGUCUUUAAAUCGCGGUAAUUUUGAAGAGGUUUUUAAAUGCCUCAUUAAGCGUAAUCAAGAACUUACAGAACACUGCGAAAAAUUUAAUAAUAUUUUCACAGGGCAGUCCAAAACAAUACAAAACAAAUUACUUUUUUUUAUUCAUGAAUAUCUGACAGAUUUUAUUAAAAAUGAAGUUAAUAAUAAAGAAUGUUUUUUUUUCGGUGUAAUGGCAGAUGAUAUAACAGAUAUAACAGAGCGUUCUCAAUGCGCUAUAACUAUUCGAUACGUCUUGAAAGGCAUUCUUCAUGAAAGAUUUUUAGGUUUUUUUGAUGUGAGCGAAAAUCGAACUGCAGAUGCUCUUUAUAAUUUGUUAGAAGGCGUUUUGGAGCCAUAUAAAUUUAGAGAAAGAUUAGUCGCUCAAUGUUAUGACGGGGCCAUUGUUAUGGCUGGCGAGUUAAAUGGACUUCAAGCCAAGAUUAAAUCUUCUGCCCCUUUAGCUUUGUUUACCCAUUGUUGUGCACAUAGGUUAAACCUUGUGCUGCAGCAAGGCACUAAGCAAAUUGAUAAAAGUAGAAUCUAUUUUUGUACUUUAUUAGGUAUACCAACCUAUUUCCAUAAUUCACCAAAGCGCGCAUUUGUUCUCGAUCAAGUAAUCGGAAAAAGGUUACCACGUUCAGUCGAAACGCGUUGGUAUACCCAUUCCAAAAUCCUUAAUUUGAUUGCUGCUGAAUGGGACAACUUGAUAAUAGUUUUUCAAACUAUAAUUGAUGACAAGACAUCAGGUUCCGAAUCGGUGAAUUCGGCAAAGGGAUUUUUAAAACAUUUCCAAGACUUUGACUUCGCUAUUUUGACCAAGAUCUAUUACGAAAUUUUUUCAUUCACAGAUUUACUUUUCCAAAUUCUGCAAACUAAAUUCUUAAACAUAAACUACUGCUCUAAUCAAAUCAAAAUUGCCGCCCAACGAAUUUCUGAACUAAGAAACGAACACAAAUUUAAAGAGUUUUUCAAUUGGGCAAAAAACAAAACUGAAUUACCAAGAAAACGGGGCAAAAGUGACAAUGAAUUGGAAAUAUUUUUGAGCUAUAAAAUAUUGUUCUAUGAAAUUAUAGAUUGUAUUUCCCUUCAAUUAAGUACUCAAUUCAAUAACCUACAGGAUUUAGAUUUUCUUUCAUUAGUAGAUUCUUCAAAAUUUACCGAAUAUGUUAAGAAUUUCCCCGAAAAAUCAUUCCAGUGUUUAUUGAAAAUGUAUCCAAAUGUUUUUGAAAUAGAUAAGCUAAAAAACGAACUUAGUGUUUUAUACAGGGACGAACAAUUUUGUAAUCAAGAUGUACAACAAAUGAUAGAGAUAUUAUACAAGGAAUUUAGAAUUAUCUUUUCGGAAACAUACAAACUGUUCUGCCUAGUCUUAACUAUUCCUGCAACAAGUGUCUCAGUAGAAAGAAAUUUUUCGUGUCUUAAGCGCAUUAAAACUUAUUUAAGAAAUACGAUGACACAAGAGCGCCUAACGGGUUUGUCAACGCUGUCUAUAGAAAAAGGAAUCCUUCAAAGUGUUAGUGAGAAUCCCCAGUUUUAUGAAGACAUUAUUAAUAAAUUUGCAAAUUUGAGAAACUGUCGAAUAGACCUAAUAUAUAAAAAAUAAAAAAAAUUAGAUAUGUAUACAUAUAUAGAAAAUGUAUGUAUUUUGUUUGUGAAGUGUUUAUUUAUUGUUUUACCCUUAUUAAGGCCCUUGCUACUUAUUAUUUUCUAUUUUGUUUUCUAGUAAUAAGAGAAUAGAGAAACAUUAUGUUACAAAUAUAUUUUUAAAAAAUAACCGAGGUGUGUUUUUUAUUGAAUUUUGGGGUCAAAAUUUGAGCUUGGCUCUCAAAAAUUUUGUUUGGGUUAACUCAAAGGAUUUCGCGCGCCUCCGGCGCGGCACCUGUGGUGAGCUUUCCCGAAAUGGGCCUCACCAGUUUGAAUUGUCACGAGCCGCCACUGCAUUUUCCUUUCGUUUUGGCUUGUUCGGUUGGAACUUUUUUGUGACUCGAUGUAUGAUGUUUUCAAAUACAUAAUUUCAAAAGUUCAUCAUUUUGCGAACAUUUUAAGACCUUAACAGGGAAAAUUGGAGUUGUUUUUGAGCUCACCCUAUACAUGUUUUUUACUAGGUUAAAAUUCAAUACAUAUCUAUUCUUUCCAGGGUUGGCAAAUAUCAUGAUAUUUAUAUAAAUAUCCAAUUAUCCGAUAUAUAUCGAUAUAUAUCGGAUUCAGAUAUAUAUCAAAAUUUGGAUAUUUAUUUAUAUUUUUAAUUAUAAGGAAUCUACAACUUAGGACGGGUAUUAUAAAACUAUUUUGACAGAAUAAUUAGAAGUCAACUUCUGGAAUGACGUUACUUCUCAUAGUAAUUCCAGAAGUUAACUUUUAGGUAUCUGUCAAAAUAGUUUCAUGAUACCAGCCCUAAAAACCUAACAUUUCUUAUACCUAUACACAAAUAAAAAUAAAUAAAAUCGCUGUGACUUCCUUCUCAUAAAUAAAAUAAUAAAACUAUAUAAUAGAAAAAAAAAGGCCAUACAAAUACAUAUUAUUGAUAUAUAUCAAGAUAUUUAUCACUGAUAUAUAUCCUGCCAACCCUGAUUCUUUCUGUAUUUCUUAAUUUUAUUUUUGAAUUUUUCCUGAUACAAAAGAAAUCACAAUUUUUGGAAAAAAAUUUUAUUUAGUAUAAAUAAGCUAGUUUUGUAAGCCUCAAGAAAGAAGAUCCCAUAUUCCUGAAGCUGGAGAUGCCCCACUUAACCUGUUUACAAUCCAAAGAUUUUAGUGG